UUAAUAUUAAAUGUUGUUGAUAUAGUUUUCCUGCGUAAAGCAACCAUUAAACGUCCACACUUCCACAGCAGCCGGCCGGAUGACGUCUGGCGACGAUCAGUUACGACCGAUCGGCUCGACGAGUUGUCCGCCAGCCACCAGACGCACGCUGCACUCGUCGUCGUCGGCCGUGAGGAAAGUCGACGACGGCGUCUCCGUGUGGGGCGUAACGGUCCGUUCCAACUGUCAGAUCGCCUUGCCCGUCUUCGGCACACUGUUCCUGGUCGUCGGCAUAGUGCUCACAGUUAUAUCUUAUGGCUGGGUAACUGGAGGUGUCGAUGACGACUCGAAACGUAAGUUCUACUCGAAAUCUGACAACGGACGAUUGUUGGGACCCAUAUGUUUGGUCAUGUCGAUCAUAAUGUUCAUUGCAACAGCAGUGCUCCGGACAAUUAGCACUAACGCCCGUUUCCGACAAACUCGUGUUGGAUUUCACUGUCCCGUCCAUGGUGACUUCUUUCCAAUCAGUCCUGGACCCGAUCCGAGGAAAUUCUCCUUUUCUACAGAAAACAUUGACAAAGACCCGUGGACAUGCAACUGUUUGAAUCGAUCGAAAGCAGACUCACAGGAAACAUUGGCUGUCGAAGACUUUCCUCCGCAAUGUCCACACAACGGUGCGCACGGGAGCACCACCAGGAGUCCGAGUCCCGUGUCCACAUGUCCGACUCCGAAACCGUUUUUGAUAUUCACUGAUUCCGCCCAUGGUGCUUGCAAGGAACUUUACAGUGGAAAUACUCUAUUCCCGGAUGAACCGUUUGGAUCGAUCCGAUCUCUGUCGGUUCCCAACGACAACCUGACAGUGGCGUGUUUUCCCGUCGACCGCUCGUCCGAACAGUAUUUGAAUGUGCCCGAAGAUGCUUGGUCCCACAAGAGAUUGAGUUGUCCGAGUCUGCCAUCGGCGGGAGAUGAAUUUCCACAGCCGGUUCACAAGCCUCUGACACCACAGGUUGUAAAGGUAACGCGUGAAAUUAAAUUCGUCACGCCUGCGGACAAGAACCCAUGAGUAUUUAUCAUCUAUAACCAUGUCAAAUAUUCCUGAUGCUGUUCAGAUCGACAACGAUUUAUAAACAUAUUUUAUGAAUUCAAUUGUUUGCGACUCUUAGAAAUGUGAUAAAUCUAUAGUUAAUUAUAGGCAUUUACAUUAAGUCUAAGUGUCAGUUUUUUCUACACAGAAUAUUGUAUGAUAUUUAAACUAA